GGUCCGCCCGGGUUGCGGGGGCCUCGGACUGAGGGGAGCCGCAGCCGGUGCGUCCGCGCUGCGGGCCGGCCGAGGAGGGGCGCGCACGGACGCACGGACGCACGGACGCUGGCGCCCGCCCGGGAGCAUGUGGAAGCUGGGCCGGAGCCGGGUGCUCCUGGACGAGCCCCCCGAGGAGGAGGAUGGCCUGCGGGCGGGGCCGCCGCCCUCCGUCGCCCCCGCCGCCGCCGCCGCCGCCGCCGCCGCCGCGCAGGUUCAGGGAGCGAGUUUCCGAGGCUGGAAAGAAGUGACUUCGCUGUUUAACAAGGAUGACGAGCAGCACCUGCUGGAAAGAUGUAAAUCCCCCAAGUCCAGAGGAACUAACUUACGAUUAAAAGAAGACUUGAAGACGGAGAAGAAGUCUGGAUUUUGGGACAAUUUGGUUUUGAAACAGAGUACACAGUCCAAGAAACCAGAUGAGAUCGAAGGUUGGGAGCCACCAAAACUUGUUCUUGAAGACGUGGCAGCCAACUCGGGCGACCCCAUGAGUGACCGUCUGUCCGGGCCGGGCUGGGAGGAGGACGCCAGGGGCUCCACCAAGUACACCAGCCUGGCCGGCGCCGGGAACAGCUCGCGCUGGAGCCUCAGGUCAGCGGGGAAGCUGGUCAGCAUCCGUCGGCAGAGCAGAGGCCACCUGACGGACGACUGGGAGGAGCUGGAGUGACAGCCCCACUCCUGCGAGUUCACAAACCAAGAUCUGCCUGAUUUUGCACCUUUGUAUUUCAUUUCAUUCAGAUUCCUAGAGUUUGCUGUAUCACAGUGUGUUUUUAGUAGAGUAUCAAGUUUGGUCUUUCCCAGAUGAAAACUGCAGGGAAUCUGCCCUGUGCCGUUUUAUUUGGACUCUCCUCUUCAAAUGCUUACUUAGGAAAUUCCUUAGUGGACACGAACAGGGACCGCACAUCGACUGCCUUAUGUGGAAACGUCCUCCUGUUGUCCACGUGUUGCUGAGACUGGAGACGUGAGGUUUGCUGCUGUCCGGGAGGAGCGCAGUGGUAAUUUGCAUUUUGCCACAAAACCGUCUUCCUGUCCUCGGUUGCAGUUCUUUGUUCCGUGUCUUGAUCCCUUUCUCUGCAUGUAGCACAUACGUGUAGUCUAUGACAUAAGAAUGUAGCAGCUGCGCAGUUCUCUUCUGUUGCCAGAAACCUGCAAUCCAGGUGUAAAAUGAAUCUUCCAAAGGUCAUGUUACAUUGUGUUAACUCUUCUUUUAUACUAAAUUUUAAAAUAUGCAAGCAGAAUAAACCCUGGAGAAGUGAAGGCUGUAUCUGAUCAGCGUGAAUGCACUGUCUGCAAACGCGUCUUCAUCUCCAGCCUCCUGUACGCACAUUAGAUGAUGACAGUGGUUCUUACCUUGAGGUUUUAUUUUUAUUUCUCCUGAACUUUUAAAUAUUGAUCUUAUUUUCUUCUAAAACUUUGUUCUCUGUUUUUGAUUGCAGAUUAAAGAAUGCUAUAUAUAAAGCAUGGAUCAGUUUUAGCAACUUGACAGUUAAUUUUGUUUGGAAAAUAACUCACUUGUUAAGAGUUAAAACUGUAUGUAAAAUGAUGAAAAGUGCCUCUCUUCUCUAACACCCAGGGUUUUGUUUUUCCAAAUGAGAGACUGGCUGGUUUGGGCACGUCACUGAGGCAUCUCGUGUGUCUCCAGACUUGCUUUCUGCCUCCCUGAUAGACUGGCACCUUGGUCAGGUACCCGUGCACGUGUAUCCUUAGCAGGACAGCUCUGAUCCACAGGAGUACGUGUCUAUCUCAGGUCACGGUGGCUUCACAGAGAAGGUAUAGGGGUUUUUUGGUUAAAAACAAAAACCUCCAGUUACACUGUGCAUUCCUCUCUUUAAAAGCCACUGUCCUCAGUGUUCAGUUCUGUGCUGUUUGACAUAAAGGGGUGUCAUUUAGCAUUUCUGUGGACUCCGGGGGGUGACAGUGUCUGCCUGUCAUCUGUCAUUUCUCAAUCAGCCAUCUGUCUACACUCUGUCAUCUCCAGCCAUCUAUGUACAAUGUAUACCUGUCCUCUAACCAUCUCUCUCUCUGCUGUGUAGCGUCCAUCAGUCAUCUAUGUCCAUCUUUUUCUAAGCGACAAGAAGUUUACUUCACUGAGCCUUGAAAGGGGGACAUGUAAGUGGUGGUAAAAUCCAGUUUGCGUUAGAACCUUGAAAUGGUUAAUACCGGAACUGAAAACCGCGUUUCCUCGGGUAGACAGUUCAGAACGUACAUAGACUGUAGUCCUUCUCCCUAAAGAGACGCUUGCUGUGGCUGCAGACGAGCUUACGCGAGGAUUUUAAAGCAGGAACCGCGGGCUUGUCUUGGGCUAAUCCUGUGUUGAGGUGCAGGGAGGCAGACCUCGUGUCCGAGGCUCUAGGCAGGGAGCUCAGCGCGGUGGUGGGGACAGCGUCCUCACUGUGGGGAGCCUGUGCCCGUGUGCUGCGACGCUCAGUGCCUGUGACACACCCGUGGUGCACAGCCGGCAGAACAGCUCUUCAUACCACUGUUCCUUAAAACCAGACCGGGGUUGGCAUAUGCACAGAAAUCACACUUAUCUACAAAGAUUAACGUAAAAAUGAAUUUUUCUUCUGUUGUAUCUGAUUAAACAAAAAUAUUUGUGGGUUUUAAUAUAAAUAUUUAUUGGUAUGCUUUGGGGGAAAGAUAUUUUUUCUUGAUAGAAUUUACCGAAGCAUCUUUGUUUUGUUCACUGGCUGAUGAGAGGUUUGUUUGAAUUCUGUAAAAACAUAGCUUCUCUGUGUGAAGAGUGAAGUGUCUGCUCUUUCGACUGUCGUUUUUAACAGAAAAGUGAUUGGCUUCAAAGAAGGUUGAAUUCUUAAUGCUGAGGUUUUUUUAAAAUAAAACAUGCUUUAUGUACUCUGACUGUUAGUUUGCACGGUUACUGGCAUCUGCUUCCGGUGACUCAGUCACUCAGAGCUGAUGGUACCCGUCUCGACACCUUCAACCUCAUUUAAGAUGCCAACAAAAUGUGUAGACUCAUAAAUAAACGACCAACUUCAACCUCAGCUGUCAGGAUGUAUCUUUUGUGUAUUUGAAUGGACGCUGUUUGGGAACAGCAGGCGCUGUGCCUGCCCUGCCCUGGGCCCCGUUUCCGAUUUACUGCAGUGACUUCACCAGUCAGAGCCUGAAGCAAGCCUCCCCUCAGCACCCAGCUGAUAGGAGUACGUUCUUUACUUAAUCAUCUUCAUCUUGUAAAAAGGUUUCCAUCUGUUUUUCCCAACAGUGGCCUCUUCUGGAGAGAAACCCUGACCUCCCUUAGGGGACUGGAUGACCACGAUGCCGUCUCAAGCCAGAAGAGCGGUUCUGGGUGAUGGAUGCGGGGCAGGAACGCCCUCCGAGGGGGUUUCCCGACGCCUGUGCCCUGAGGACAGGCACCGUCACUUCCUAGUAGUUGCCGCUUCACCACAAGGGUCUGAUGGGUCUGUGACCCACACGUGAUGCUGUCGUGGUGAGUGCGUGUCCUCACGGCUGUGUUCUGUAGCUUGUAAUCGUGGAUACAGGACCCAGCCUGGUCCAGAACUGUCUGCAGGGCACCUCCUGGGUCGCAGGGUCCCUUGGGGCUCCUGGGGCAGGGGGGUGGGGUAGGGUGGUGGAUGGCCACAUCCUGUCCCAGCCUGGUCCACUCGGUGCCGGCCAGCUGUUACGUUCAGCCAGCUGAAUGCACCUGCUUUCAGCAAAAGCACUACUUCGUAACCUAAAUGGCCUUCGAUUCAUGUUGUGAAGAGUCACGUUGCAAUGAACAAUUACCCAUCUUCACUAACAGCAGAACAAAGUGAUGAACUGUUGAUAGAUUUUGGCCGCUGUUGAAAAAUGUAAAAUUUCUACUGAAAGAAGCCGUCUCAGGAUUUGGAAAAUAUUUGAGCUGUGUCUUUUAGUAACAGGGUGAUUGACGAACGCAAAGGUGACCCCCAGGGUGUGAGGUGUCACAAUGGGUCUAGAAGGAAAGCCCCGCAUAGCUGGGUAGCACCCCGGAUUUGGUGCCCCUGAUGAGGUCAUUGUGUUACCCUGGAGACAGUGGCCCAGCACCCGACUUUCCUCAAACCCACGGGGAGAAUGACGUGGCAGACGAGACCUUUUAACGGUUGCAUUCGGAUGAGGGAUUGCAGGUGACUUUCACCUCUAUGUUUUUCACGCCUUCUGGGGUAUUUUGAAAAAUCAGUUAGACAAGCGUACAGACCAUAUUAACAAGCAAACCAGCUCCGCUCUGGGUUUUUCUAACCAUGUCGUCUCCCCGCUGUGUUCGCACAAGGACAGGUCAGGGUGCUGCGGCUGGUCCUGAGGUUGUGGGAAGGUGAGGUGUGGCCGGGCCAGCCCCGCAGGGGGCCCUGACCCGCUCGGUUGUUGGGGCUGCGCCCAAGGCUACCGUGACCUGGGCACGGCUACCGAGUCCUCCCGAGAGUGGGGAUGUGGCCUGGAGGGACGACCUGCCCGGGCCUGCGGCCCCCAAGUCUCCCCACGUGCACAGAUGAGACGGGGACUUGGCAGUGAAGCCAUGGGGGGAAUAAACCGAAAAUUGGCUUCUUCCCUGUGAGGAAGAGACCGUCUUUUCUGACCGAGUGUCUGUGUUCCAGUUCCCAAGUGGCGACUCUAGCCUUCAUGCAGAAAUUCUGAAUUUAGAAAUGGUGCCUUUAAACAGAACAGCAAGGGAGAGAUGACACGUGGCUGUGGCACGUGCAUCUGCCUCGCAGGGGGAGGGCAGUGAGGAGACGUCAGAUUCUGGCGUCGGGCGAGGGUCUCAGGCACCGUCCACUCCACUCCCUGGUGCCGCCUGGCCUCCUGCGGGGCACCUGGCCCAUCGGGGCUCCCAGAGGCAGUGCCACUGCGCCCGUUUCACAGAUGAUCAGAGUGAGGCUCCGAGGGUGUUUGUGCCCAGGCACUUGUUGGACCAGGAGCUGAGAUCCAGGUGGGGAAGCCGGAGGCACCUGCUGUUCUGAGGGGUCUGACGUGUCCCCAGGACUGGUUGGGGGUGCAGGGCCUGGCUUCAGACUCACAGGGACGGGGUCUAAAUGCUGGCUUAGACCCCGGGAGGCCACACAGUUUGUCCCUCGUCGCAGAAGGCGUGGCUGGAUAGGGUGUGGCUGGCGUGGAAUGCGGUGGUGAGGGCCAGGCGAGGCUGUGGGGCGUCUGGGCAGGUGUCCCCACCUGGCGGUCCCUCCUGGACGGGUGGAGCCCCCUGCCCGUAUGCACCGGGCAAACGUUUUCAUGAAGCGGACGGAGCAUGGGAUUCAGUGGGGUGAGGAGGCUGUGUAGCUGGUGGACGGGAAGCUGAGAGGCUGGCAGAGUUUGGGAGAUGUUCCUGGGGCAGCAGGGGUGCCAGGGCCUCGGAGCGGGAAGUUACUCCGGAUCUGCAGGCUCUGUGAGGCUGGUUCAAGGAAAGGGGCUCCUCCUGGACUAAGCUUUUCGCACCUGUCAGCCACCCAGGGUCCUGAUGGUGAAGAAGCCAGCGCCCAGCUUCUGUGCAUUCACAGCUCAUCCAAGAGAAGACCCAUCCCCAGUGAAACAGUCACUCUCCUUUUAACAACAGGAAAGGCCACGCUCGGCUGUGAACAAGAGUCCCCACACCUCGGUCACUCUGUGGGUCCUGAGGAAUUGGGGGCCCCCGGGUCUCAGUGUGUGUGGGAGUGUUAAGAGUUGUGCUUUUUCUGUACAGCGUGUGCCACUCCUGAGCCUGGUAGCAGCAGGCAUGUGCAAGGGAGGCCAGAUUACACCUAAACCUCUAAGUGGUGGUUAUUUUUCAUAAUUAACCCGGCACAUUUCAAUUUGGAAGUGACAAGCAUUUCAGUUUUUAAAAACUGUAUUAUGGAAAAAAUCUAUGCAAAGGUAAAAACAGUGCAGUGGGCAACUCAGCCACUGAGAUUCCACAGUUGCUGAACGUGUCAUAUUUGCUUCACGUGUGUGUUUACCUGAUAAACGAUUUCAAGGCCGAGAUAUAUAUAUAAGUAAAUUACAGACAUCAUGACGUUUCACUCCUGAAUGCGUACAGCAUGCAUUUCUAAAAACGAAGCUAUUCCCCCAGCAUAACUAACUACUACGUCAAUAGCACACCUCACAAAAUUAACCAUUCCCUAACAUCAUCCAAUACCCAUAGAUACAGUCAGGUUUUCCCAAUUGUCUGGAAAAUGUCUUUUUAGCUGCUUUUAACUUUGUCCUCAAGACCACGACAUGGUGUAUGGAUUGUGCCUGGCCUGCUGCAGGGGCUCAGCCGAUACUAAGGUAGGUGUGAAAUGUGGGCAUGGUGAUGACAAGUUCCCUCCCUCCUCACCUGCCUGCAGUUGCCUCUCUCCGCCUGCAGGAAUGUGUGUCUGGGGACUUGCUUCGGUACAAGUCCACCGCUUUGUGCUGGGUUCUGAUACUCAAGAGUCCUUUCUCUGGGUAUCGGCCAAGUUUCUGAUUCUGUCCCAGGCCUCUGUCAUCUGUCUGCUGGUCGCCAGUCUCCCUCCAGGGUCUUUGGCCUCAGUGAAGUGGUGGACAAGUUUAUGUAAUUAGAAGUUAAUGUCUCAGCAUGACUUUUCAGAAUUGCAGAAUUUAGUGAUAAAGGCAGGGUAGAAUUUUAGCUUUCAGGAGAGUUGAAUAAAUCUGGAAGGGGGUGGUGAUGGGAAAAAUACCAUUUGCUUUGCGUUUUCUUUUUGAGAAGUAUUUUUUCUUUAGAGGCUAGGGUUUCAAAAUUCUCUUCUCCCUAGAAACUUAGAACUGGCUCAGUAAGCUAGCAGGAGGAUGCCAAGAAUUUUUGUUCUGUAAGAAAGAAAUCUCCAAAGCUCAACAUGCAGAAGCACCUGGAAGACCAGUUUCCCUUGGGAACCAGUGAGCAGGACCCAGAUGAGGGCAUUGCUCUCCCCCAGGAGAUACGCAGCUCUAUUCUAGUACUUCGCUGUUUCUCUCACUUUAUAAUUUUGGGUGCUUACAGGUCUUCAAAAGGCAAUGUGAGAUAAAAUACUGGAAAGAUACCAAAAUUUAAGUAAUUACCUUGAAGUAGAAUUAUGGGUAGCAUUUUCUUUUUUUUUGUAUAUUGGCUUUUUAACAAAACUUUUUACAGUGAAUAUACAUUACUUUUGUGAUAAAAAAAACAGGGCGACGAAUGUUGAAAAAGUAACACCUCAGUUUUUAAAUGGAAAAUAGCAAACAUAUCCAAAAGAAGAAACAAAAUUAUAUAAAUCAUGGGUUGGCACACUACAGCCUAGUGGACAAGUGUGGCCGUCCCCCUGUACUUACUUAUAUGGCAUACAAGUUAAGAAUGUUUACAUUUUCAAAUGGUAGAACAACUUAAAAGAAUAAUAUACUGUGACACAUGAAAUCCCACAGAGUUUAAUUGGAACACUUGCUAUCAAUGUCCCCCCCCACGCAGUCCAAGUCUGAGUUAAGGGUAUAGAUUGUCUAUGGCUGCAAGAGAGAAUGUGGGCCCUGAAAAGCCAAAAAUACUUAACACCUGCCUCCUCACAGAAAAUCUGCUGAACCCUGGUGAAAACUCCUUCAUGUACACAUCCUUCUCCUCUACAGUUUUCAGCUCCUGGCCAAUCUUGUUUUAUCUUUAGUCACCCCCUAGCCUCAACCAAGAGAAUUAAUUAUGUUAAAGUAAAUCCCAUAAUCCUGUAAUUUCAUCAUCUUCAUGUUGUUUAAAUUUAAAAGUUGAGAAUUUACCAAGAAGAUGUAAUAAUCAUAAACAUACAUGAACAAACAUUAGAGCUUCUAAACAUAUGAAGCAAACACCGAGGAAAGAAGAGCCAGCUCUGUAUUAUAGUAGGAGACCCCAAUACCCCGCUUCAAGAAGAGACAAUAUCCACCAUUAGAUCAAUCAAUUUAAUACACGUUAUUAUACACAGAACAAAGGAAAAACAUGAUCAUUUCAAUUGAUGCAGAAAAAGCAGUUGACAAAAUUCAACACCCUUUCACGAUGGAAAUACUCAACUAAUUCUGAAUAGAAGGAAACUGCCCCAACAUUAUAUAUACAGCCAUAUAAAAAGUCCCAGCUGACAUCCUCUCAAUGCUGAAAGACUGAAAGCUUUUCCUCUAAGAUCAGGAACAAGACAAAAUGCCCACUCUCACUACUUCUGUUCCACACAGAUUGGAAGUCUGCACCAGACAGAGCCAUCUGGGCAAGAAAAAGAAAUAAAGCAUCCAAAUUGGAAAGGAAGUAUUAAAAUUUUCUGUUUGCAGGUGGCAUGAUCUUACAUGUAGAAAAUCCUAAAGACAACAACAAAAAAUCAACAUACAAACAUCAGUUGCAUUUCUGUACAAUAACAAUGAAAAAUCCAAAGAGGAAAUUAAGAAAAUUCCAUUUUUAAUGGCAACAAAAAGAAUAAAACACUUAGGAAUGAACUGAGUGAAAAAGGCUGAAAGAAAAAGACACAAAUAAAUGGACGACAUCCCAUGUUCAUGGAUUGGAAAACUUCCACCCAAAGCAAUCUAUAGAGUCAAUACAAUCCCCACCCAAGUCAUAAUGGCAUAUUUGGUCAAAUGAUUUUCAACAAGGGUGCCAAAACCAUUCAGUAGGGAAAGGACAGUCAACACACAUUGCUGGGAAAACCACAUAUCCACAUGCAAACGAAUGAAGUUGGAUCCUUACCUUAUUAUGCCACGUGCAAAAAUUAAAACUAUAAAACUCUUAGAAGAAAACAUAGGGAGAAAGCUUCAUGACAUUGGAUUUGGCAACGAAAUCCUGGAUAUGACACAAAAUGUGCAGGCACCAAAAAAAAGAAUAGAGAAAUUGGACAUCAAAAUUAAAAACCUCUGUGCAUCCAAGGACACAAUCAACAGAGUGAAAAGGCAACCUAGGGAAUCGGAGAGAACAUUUUCAAGUUGUCUAGCUGAUAAGGACUUAGUGUCCAGAGUUGUAGUAGUUCUUUCUAUAUUCAACAACAAAGCCACAUACAACUCAAUUAAAAAGAGGGCAAAGGACCUGAAUAGACAUUUCCCCAAGAAAGACACAUAAACAGCCAACAAGCACAGGAGAAGAUGCUCAACAUCACUUCUCAUCAGGGAAAUGAAAAAGCCAUAAAGAGAUAUCACC